CCUAAUUAGCUUCCUCUUCAUAUUAUCAUGGUCACCUUCAAAUCUUCACCCGUUCCUUACGCCAAUUCCAUCCAUAACACGAUGUCCCACACACGACCCGAUCAAAACUACAUCUCCACACACUCAUCUCGGAACGAUCUCGGAAUGAUUCCAUCGGAACCACGUGAUACCAGCAAAAACUGGCAAUUUUUUCACAGGAACAAAAUGAGUCAAAAAAAGAAAUUCUCAAUUAUUUAUUCCAAUCUUUCCUAGUCAUUAGCCCGUUAUUAGUGCACCCGAUCAUAGCCGAUAUCAUUCAUUAUCUUCAUCAUGCAUCGACUGCGUCUCCCCACCAUGCCCAAAACAUGCAUUCGGCCCCAGCUGCAAACCCGCCUAAUCAGCACCCCCUCACAACCCAAGCCAACCCCCGCACGCGCACACCAGAAGCCUCACAAAUAUGACUUGCACAUUCUCCCCGCGGCACCUAGUGACAGCCCCGCCAUCGCGGACGUCUUCCUGCAUGCUUUCUCUGACCCGUUCAGUCGACGCAUGUUUCCCAUCACUGACGAUGUGCGUAGCUGGUGGGUUGACCAGUUUAGACGUGAUAUUGAACAGGCGCGGGAUGCUGCGAAUCCCAGCACUGCGUUCUUGAAAGUCACUGCGGGUGAGGAGGGGACUGUUGCUGCGUUUGCUAAAUGGUGGUAUCCUGCGCCGUCAGAGGGAUUACCUUUGGAUGGUGAGAAAAGUCAGACCAAGACUGUUUGGCCCCCAAGCUCGGAUGCCGAUCUCUGUGAGCGGUUCUUUAGUUUGAUGGACAGUGAGAAGAAGAGGGUCAUGGGAGGGAGAAAGGAGGGGUAUUUCUACCUCGACAUGCUGGGCACUCACCCCCAGUUCAACGGCCGGGGCAUCGGAUCAAGAUUACUGCGUUGGGGACUAGACCGGGCAGACGAGAAAGGCGUGCCGACUUUCUUGGCUUCCACGCCUGCGGGACGGCCCCUGUAUGAGAAGUAUGGGUUCGAGGCGGUGGAAGAGUACGAAGUGAUUCCGGGAUAUUUCCAGGCGUCGAUGGUCCGGGAAGCAAAGUUUUUAUAAAUAUGACAUGUAUAAAGUGUGUAUAAUAGCAUAGAAUAGACCCA